CACCUCUGUGCUGGGAUUCAAAUCUCUGCCGGACUUUAAACCAUGUAACCGGCCGAGCUCGGGGACAAUGAGGAUCCUCGGUGUCACUCAAGAAUCAACAAAACAAACGACAAAGCAAUGCAGCGGCCAUGACUUCACUUCAUGAUGGAGAACAAGGGGAGAGAAAGAGCGCGUGAGCUGGAAACGUCUUUGAGAUUUCUCAGUAAAUUCACAACAAUCUGGGUCUCUUUGAGCACAAGGCAUGACCAGAGACUCCAAAUGUGAAUAACAUGUGAGAUCAUCUUUGCUGGACAUGGAGGAAGCUGCUCAAGUUACCUGUGUGAGAAUAAACCGUCCCUGUGGGGGAAGUUGACUCUGAGCUCCUGCAGAAGAACUUCUGAUGUCUACUGCAGAGCUUUGGCCCUCAGAGACGCCGUCCCAGACGUAACGACACACCCAGACGUGAGAGUUAACCAGUCCUGUGGUCAGGGGGAAAACAUGGCUGCCAGCCCACUGCCAGGGACUCCCCCCAGUGGUCUCACAAACAGGAGUGGGAGCUUCUUUAAACUGAUUGACACUUUUGCGUUGGAGAUCGGGGAGCUGAAGAAGGAAAUGGUCCAGAUCUCUCCAACAGCUGAUAAGGAGGCCGUGGACCUACAGGGGAUGGAGAGUGAAUUGAGUGGCGCUUACCUGCAGUCCCCACCUUUUGAUGGUGUUGGGGGUGAAAGGGAUUCUGGGUACGACUCCUUACGGAGGAGGAUGAGCGUGUUGGAUCGGCUGACUCAGACCCAUCAAGUUUGGCUUCUGCUGGCAGUCAGUGAGGAGGAGGCUGAUCGCAUACUUCACAACCAGCCUCCAGGGGUGUUCCUGGUCAGGAGGUCAGCCCCUCUGCAGAGAAAAGUGCUGUCUGUGCGCAUAAAAGAGGAUCAGUCAGGAUCUCCCAUCAGCCAUUUCUCUGUCAGAGAAAGCCAGUACACCUUUUCUCUUGAAGGAUCUGGGAUCAGCUUUGCAGACCUGUUCCGCCUGGUGGCUUUCUACUGUAUUAGCAGGGAUGUCCUGCCUUUCACACUUAAACUCCCAGAAGCCAUUGCAUCUGCAAAGACUCAGAAAGAACUGGAGGAGGUGGCUCAGCUUGGAGCAGGCUUCUGGGACUCUGCUCUGGGAAGCCAGCAUCGCAGUCCUCCUCGUCCCCGUCGUCCUCUGAGCCGAACCCUUAGCCCCCAGCGGACCAACAAGAACAAGGAGGGAGAGCAAGGAGGGAGAACAGGGUCACAGCAGAGAAAUACUGGGGGUCAGUGUGACAGUGCUCCACCAACACUGCGCUCCUGUGCCUCUCCACCUUCCCUUUAUCUGGAGAGAAGACAUUCCAGUGGUCCUCUGUGCUUCGUCACGCCUUUGUUCCUCCAGACUCACCAGCACCGUCACAGCCGUGGCGACGGUCAUCCACCUCCAAAUGCUGUGAAGUCCAAAAACCUGGAGAAUGCAGAGAAAGCGUCCAUGAAGUCACUAGGUAGCAGUAAUCAAGUCAGUGAGCAGAACAACAUCAAACUGAACGGUAAAUCCAAGCAAGCUCCCCCUCGUCCCCCUCCUCCCCGCUCCAUGUCACGCCGACGGCCUGCUCCACCCCCACCUGGACCUCCAGCAAAUACCACCAGACCAAAGAGCAUGCCAGUGGCUGUUUCUUUGUCCGCAAGGCAUCAGCAGGCCCCCAGCAAGCGCCCAGCUCCCCCACCACCACAGAUGGGUGCCAAGCACAGCAGCCUGUCCAAAACCACCAGCUCACCAACCCGUGUGCCUUCAAACCCACCGCCGCCAAGACCUAAGAAACCUGAUCUGGAGGCUCACCGCUGCCACAUUGCCUUGGACGAUGAGACCAUCGCUAAGGCUCUGUCCCGUGCCAAGCUUCCCUCCCCGUGCCAGUCUCCUACUGCUGCUCCUGCUGAUGAGAACAACACAGGCAGCCCGUCUACUCAAAAUAAAAGAGAACGCCAACGUCUGAGUGACAUGAGCAUGUCAACUUCCUCCUCUGACUCACUGGAAUACUCACAGGCUCCUGGAUUCUCCCUUGGUCUAUCCCCCAGCCCUAGACACCUGAAUCAUCAAGACCCAGUGGAGGACAGCAGUGACGAAGAUGAAGACGGGGAAGAAGAAGAGGAGGAGGAUUAUGGGGUAAGCCUGGAGACUGACCUGGAAAUGCGCCUCCGUCCAUCCUUCAAAGCCCGGCGACCGAGGGUUGGCGUGAGCCUGAGCGGUGGUUCUUUUGUCAUCCCUCGGGCCUUAAAGGGACGUUUCCGUAAGGUGAGUGGCAUGCUCAGCUCUCUCAUGACCCCAGAGAGACGGGCGGUGAAAAAGAUCGCUGAGCUGUCCAGAGACAAGAGUUCCUAUUUUGGCUCCCUGGUUCAGGACUAUAUCAGCUUUGUUCAGGAGAACCGUGGCUGUCACACUUCAGGGAUGGAUUUUCUGCAGACUCUCAGACAGUUUAUGACACAAAUGAAGGCUUACCUACGGCAGAGCUCUGAGCUGGACCCCCCUCUAGAGUCUCUCAUACCUGAGGAGCAGAUCGACCAGGUGCUGGAGAAGGCCAUGCACAAGUGUGUCCUGAAGCCUCUGAAGAGCGUGAUCGAGGUGGCUCUACACGACUUCCAGGUUAGUAGUGGAUCUUGGCAGCAGCUAAAGGAGAACCUGGCCCUGGCCAAGGCAAAGAAACCCCACGAGCUUGGGGUGGACGGAGCCGUUCCCCCUGACGCCAUGGCUAUUGAGAAAAUCCGCCACAAGCUCCUCAACAUGAGGAAAAUGUACUCUCCGGAGAAAAAGGUGUCACUGCUGCUGCGUGUGUGUAAACUCAUUUACACCAUCAUGCAAGAUAACUCAGGGAGGAUGUACGGUGCCGAUGACUUCCUGCCCAUGCUGACUUAUGUGGUAGCUCAGUGUGACAUGCCUCAGCUGGACACGGAGAUCCAGUACAUGAUGGAGCUGCUGGACCCUUCUCUGCUGCAAGGAGAGGGUGGUUACUAUCUGACCAGUGCAUAUGGAGCCAUGUCGCUCAUCAAGAACUUCCAGGAGGAGCAGGCAGCCCGGGUGCUGAGCUCAGAGACCAAGACCACUCUGCACCAGUGGCACCGACGUCGCACUGCUCAGCGUUCAGUGCCGUCUGUGGACGACUUUCAGAACUAUCUCCGUGUAGCCCUGCAGGAAAUAGACACAGGUUGCACAGCCAAAACCCUUCUUGUUCAACCGUACACGACCACGGAGGAGGUCUGCUCGCUCUGCGCUUACAAGUUCAAGAUCCUUGACCCUGAGAACUAUGCACUGUUUCUGGUCACUGAGGAAACGAGUCAGCAGCUCGCCCCGGAUACACACCCACAGCGGAUCAAAGCCGAGCUCCACAGCCGGCCUCGGACACAGAUCUUCCACUUUGUCUACAGGAAGGUGCCCAGCCUGAACCUCUGUAUCCCUGCCGUCAUGCACAAUGGAAACUGCCUUCAAGUAGAAUAGUGGAGAAUGCAACAGCUUCCUGCACUUGAUCACUGUUAAUAAUUCUGAUGUGUUGUAUUCUGGUGCUUGUAGAUGUUUGUUUCUGUAGAUGGAUUAGAGGAUGUCUGAAUAGAAAGCAGCCUGUAUGUUGGCAUAUUGUUGCAGAUAUAAAGAGUCUUGGGUGAAAUAUGAUGCCAUGACAAGGAAAACCAAGGGGAAUUAUUUUUAGGAUUAAACCACCUUGAAAUAGAAUGGACAUGGAAAGUGUUUCACUUUGACACUCAACACUUUAAAUUUUAUUUAAAGUUGAUUUUUGUACUUUUUUUUUUUUUGCAGGUUUAGUUUUGGUUAUAAAGAAUAGUUUUGCAAGCCCUUCUAAUGUUUAUUGAACAGAUCAUUAGUUGCAGUUCAGUUCUCACUUUGGAAAUAACAUUACAACAUGUCAAUAUAUCAUUUUUGACCAGUGAUGGUGUAAUAUAGGACAUCUUUUAAAAUGUUUUGACAUGUUACUAAAAUAUCUUUAAUUCUAUGAAUUAAAUUACAACCUCAAAAAAAUUAUGACAACUUCCCUUGCUCUCCCAAAGCCACUAUUUGCAGUAAUGUGCAACUGAAUUUAAAAUGUUAAAAUAGGAUUACAACUAUGGGGAUUAUAACUACACAAUUUAGAUAUAAACAGCAAUUCUGAUAUGUCUGACUUUUAACAAAACAUGCAUCCAGAAAAAAACAAACAUAGACAACAUUAUUGUCUGGAAGUGUGCAAAAGUCAUUUAAAAGCACUAUCAUCCUUGUUUUGACAUCUGUCAACAUAAAAAUAUAUACUUGCCAACCACUUUAUUAAGUAUACCUGUUAAGCUGCUCGUUAAUGCAAAGUACAGCUAAUGAGGCUACAUAUCGGGAGUAUACCCACUUAUUUUUUUAGUUCCUUUAGAGUUUAUAUACUUCUAAAUAUCCCUUUAAUUCUCAUAGUUCAGAAGUAUGCUGCCGUUUUUUUCCUGGGAUGGCAAACACAUGACCCAUCUAAGUCUCACUCACAUUGGCUCAUAGUUCCCUGCGUGCAUUGGUUGGGUAAGAGCAGAUCAUGCUUAAUGUUUUUUUUUGGAAUAUCUAGGAACUAAAAUGGAGCUGGCCGCUCUUCUUUCUAUCAUCUUGUUUCCCUCAUCAUAAUUUCAUAAUGAACCUCACCAGGUGAAGUCAAGCAGCAGAAGUUGGUGAUCAAUGUUCCAAUACAAAAGGCCUAUUCAAAAAGGCAGGCUAUAACACAGGCUGUUCAUACCUUGCUGAAUUGGUUGCUAAAGAAAUGUUAGGUAAAGACCCUCUUCUGCAAGUACCACUACACUACUGCUUGGGGCCACACAGGUGCAAGGGCCCAGAAAAAUUGCUAAUUAAAAUUUACUUCCAAGGGAAAAAGGUUUUGACUCCUAUCUGCCCAUAUAAAAAAUGUAUUUAUUACAUCAGCACCUGAUUGGUUAGAUAUAAUAUACCAUAUUUAGCCUACUAAACAGCAACUGGCCUCUUGCCCCCAUGUUCAUUCAGUCAGUUCUGUUUUCUGAUUUCACUGCUUCCACAGUGGCAAAAUUUCAGAGAAAGAAAUUGAAAAUGCUGAAAGGUGUUACCAGCAAAUGGAAUAUGAAUGGCUUUUCCCCUGUAGCUGUGCUGUUUAUAAUAAAGGUUACUAUGAUAAAUAUGCAGUGUAUGCCAGUGCACCCCAGAGUGUGAUGCCAUGUAAUGUACCAAGUAGGAUUUUAUGUACAGUGAUCUUUUCUUGGUAAAGCAUGAUGAGCAAGGUGGGCCCCACAAAAGGACUAAUGGCCACUGACCAUCUUAACUUCAAACCAUUUUGAAAUGCAAAACAAUGACAUUGUAAACAUGUUUCAUAAUGAUAUUUAUUGAUAUAAACUACUGGAAUUAAAAAUGAAUAAUCUAAAAGCCCAUUUUAAAGUGUGACUAGAGAGAAAAGAUCUCUUCACAUUUAUUUAGAUCUACCAGUCAAAAUUCAGUGUUUUCAUGUUGGCUUAUCAGUCAAAUAAGCCAAAAAUCAAUCAUUGACAUCAAAAGUUGCUUCUGCUGUUCAUGAAUAUCAAAAGGGCUUGCUGAACUCUUAACCAUUUAUAGUCCGUUUGAGCCUGCUGAACUGAGCAGAAGUCGAUUGUGAUGUUUGUGAAAGCUGGUUUAUAGAAUUGUCUGCAUUUAAGAAGGGAGUUGAGAAGUUUUUCAGACUAUUUUACACAUAUCUGUAAAUUAAAGGGCAUACAGCUGAAAACUUGCCUUUAAUGUUACUAACAUUUGCCUUAACUACUGUUAUCCUAAGUGCCUUUAUGAGAAAUUAAACAUGAUGUUUAUUAGCAAGAGCUUUAAGCUUUUUAAGCAGCAAUUAGCUAGCUUCAUGUUAAAGUUCUGAUUUAAUAGGUAAGAAUUUUAAAGUAAUAAUUGCUCUUAUUUUUAUUUCUACAGUUGCUGGUCAACUGUAGCCUGUAUGUCUGUGUAGAAAUAGUUUUAUAUCCAAAUGUUCCUUUUUUGUUUCAUAAGAGAUCAAAAUUUGUCAUGGAAAUGGAUUCUAUGCCAGUUAUUUCUCAACUGUCUAUUUCACACAACACUGUUUUUACUGUUAUGGAAACUUAGAGAUGACUGUGGAAAUAUAUAAAAUUUUCUUCCAAGUGAGGCUCUUUGUUGACUCUAUUGUUUUUUUAACAAGUGAAUUUGGCUUCAUUAAUUUGAGAAAAAGUGUCAUUUAUUCAGUAUGAUGUCGUUGUGGUACAUGAUUACCUGAAAGCACAAAACUAGAUAUAAGCCAGGUUAUGAAUAUGUCUCAGCUAGAUUAAAAAAACACUGCCGGACAGUACAGUGGUGUGUCAGGAAGAAAGUCUGAUGGUAGUGGGAUUUUUAGCAAUCUAAUAAGGAAGGGAUGAACAUGAGGUCCCAUAACCUUGACUUGUGACCUGUGAACUACAUCUGCUAACGUGCAUACAGUCAUCUAUUUGCCCAUAACCAUAGAGCAGCCCUCAUUUAUCUAUUUCUGGUGAAUCUCUGAUCAACAGUAAAGCACAUGUUACACUGCAACUGUCUUUGGACUCACUCCAGUGGUAUGAGCCUGAAAAAGAAAAUUAUUUUAUUGUGAUUUAUUCAAACAUACAAAAGUCAAUUUUGUCACUGUGCAGGUGUGAAAA